AAAAAUUAUGAACGUUGUUUUUCUCUUUUCUGGUGAAGUUUCGCGGCAAAAUAUUUCUCUUGGAAUCCAAUAAACCAACGCUGAGCCAAUUCACUCUUCGAUCUCAAAGAAUGAAGAAGUUGUCUAAUAAAUUGGGAUCUCAAUGGAAAAAAGAUGAACUAGUGCGGUUUUAUGAAGCGUAUAGGAAGUAUGGGAAGGAUUGGGAGAAGGUGGCUGCAGAUGUAGGCAGUAGAUCUGUUGAGAUGGUAGAGGCUCUUUACAACUGGAAUCAGGAAGAGAGUGAUAGUGAAAGAACUGAGACUAUUAAUGAAGAGAUGACGCUCUCUAAAUUGAAGAGAAGACGCGUUAAUGUCAGUCAUCCUCGAGCUAUUGGGAAAAGGACACCUCGCGUUCCAGUUAACUACUCAUAUAGGAAGGAUGAUUGGGGAAAUUAUGUUUCAUCUAAUAAAACAAAUAUGGAUUCAGCUUUUGAUGCUAAUGAUGAUGAUGAAGUUGCACAUGUUGAAACUGUUACAUUAACCCGUGCUGCUCAAAGAGAUGGCUCUCCCAAAGCAUCUCAAAUUCCAUACAAAAGAUCAGAACAGAAGUCCUCUCCUGUUCAUAGGCGGAUAAAACUGCACCAAGAAUCUGAGACAGUUCUUGGCAAGUUAUAUGCUAUUUCAGUGGAUGAAGACUGUUUGGAAGGUAGUAUGGAAAGAAGGAACAUGGAAGACAUUAAAGAUCACAAGAAAGGGGGAAAUAAUUACAGAAAGAAGGAACAAGGAGAAACUGUUAGAACCCAUCUUCUUGAUGGUGGUGGAGGAGCAUGUAGUGGCACAAAAGAGGGACUUGAUUUUUGUUUGAAGGAAAAGAUAGAUAUUGAUGCUAUGAAUUCCAAACUAAAGAAACGCCCAAGAGAAUCAUCUACCCGAUUGAAGGAAGAAAGAAUGACCGUUGAUAAUGAUGAAAAGUUUGUUUUACCUGAAAGCACAUCAUCAAGCCAGAACAAAAGUGAAGCUAAAUUACCACAUUCGAACCAAAAGACUAGUCGUACAGUCUAUGGAUCUAAACUUGUAAAGGAAUCAAAAGAGAAGAUCCUCUCAACUGAUAAAACAAGGAAGAGAAAGGGUAAAUCCACGGUUUCAAAGGCUAUAGAUGAAGAGAAUAACCCAGUGAUUAUGGAAAAACACAUUGAUCAGAAUUUCAGCCUAGCAAAACAAUUGAAGUUAGCCAGAUCAUUGGAAAGUUCUCUGCCUGGUGACCAGAAAUAUUUGAGAGUAUCAACUUCAGAUAUUCCACUUGUGAGUGAAGUUAAUUUAGCUUCUAAACAAAGAAGUAGACGUAAGAGGGGUUUUUUGAGAACGUUCAUGCCUUCCGAGACCAUAUUGAAAUGGCAACCUAAGAUGUGUUUGACCUCUGUCCAAGAUAAGGCAAUAUUUGUUAAGGAUAAGCUAUCAAAUUGCUUGUCAUCCUACAUGGUUCGUAGAUGGUGUGUGUUUGAAUGGUUUUACAGUCCAAUUGAUUAUCCAUGGUUUUCCAAAAGGGAGUUCUCGGAGUACUUAAACCUUGUUGAUCUAGGGAACAUUACAAGGCUAACACGUGCUGAGUGGAGUGUCAUAAGAAGUUCCCUUGGUAGACCUCGCAGGUUUUGUGAACGUUUUCUCCACGAAGAGAGACAAAAACUUGAACAGUAUCGCAGAUCUGUUAGGGAGUAUUACACUGAAAUAAGGGCUGGUAACAAGGAUGGACUUCCAAGAGAUUUACCUAAACCUUUUUAUGUUGGACAACUAGUUAUUGCUCUUAACUCAAAAACAGGAGAGAUUCACGAUGGAAUUGUGCUUACAGUUGACCAUGACAAGUGCAUGGUUCAGUUUGACCAUCCUGGAUUGGGUGAAGAAUUUAUCAUGGACAUUGAUUGCAUGCCUUUGAAUCCAUUUGAUAAUAUGCCAGAAACUUUGAGGAUGCAGUUUGGGGUACUGUUACAGAAGAAAUUGCCUAUGGAGUUUCAAAACACAAGUGGUGACAAAGUAGAAAACCAAAAUGACAUUUUUAAGGAUUCAGAGACACUAACUCAAGAACUAGUUGAAUAGGUCUCUAACUCAAGAAUUAGGGUCAACUGUCAUUGAAAGUAUUAAAGAAGUGUCACGGUGAAUGCUGCAUUUCAGGCAUUAAUAGAGGAAGGCGAAGAUGCUUUUGUGAGGAUUGGCAGGCAUUGGAUUGUAUUGAUUACCAGAAGUUUGUCACCAACUCUAGGUUACCUGUGAUCAGUUUAAAGAGCAAGUGAAAGGCACUUUGGAUUACCAUACUAAGCCAAUUUCCGGUUCAUGUGAGUCUUUAGUCAAUGAUACAUCUGGUAUUAGAGGUUAGAGUUAUUCAUUCCAUAGUUUCUUCAUUUCUCUGUUUUCCUCUAGUAUAACUUGUGGUGGUUAUUGAUAAGAAUCAAUUAGAAUUAAUGUGUAUCAAUUAAAAUCAAUGUGUAUCAAUUGUAUUACCUUAUUAUAUACAAUUCAUAUGAAUAUAAAUAUAAAUAUACAUUA